CAAUUUGAAGGACUUCCUGUAAAAAUUGGUUCAGCCAUGAAAUGGUAGAGUUCCUAAUUUAUUGCUUAACAAUUAUGAGAAUGACGUAUCAAAAAUAAUAAAUCUAUGUACAUAUUACUAAACCACAAAAUUGAUCAUAGAAAUGAUAGUUGGAGCAACGAGUGUGAAGCAAUCUCUUCAGUGGCCGGCCUCAGCAAAGUGGAGUUGUUAUCUGAGUCGAGAUCUUUGGAUUCCUUGAUUGACCUUCUCUUUGGAUUCCUUGAUUGACCUUCUGCCUUCAAUGCAAGGUUAUUGACCUCACAUUGCCCUUGGAAAGAGACCUUCAUGUUUCAACCAAGAAAAAUGAAUUUGAAAGAUGUCUUCACAAUUGAAACUCACAAACAAAACAAGCAAAACUAACCCAACCAUCUUUGCAAGGAAGAAACUCUUUGCUAUACUUUUGCAAAUGACUGCCACACUGUAUUUUUUGAUACUUCUCUAUCUGUACUUGAAACUCAUGGCUUUAGCUGAAGACGAAAACCAGUUCACCUACAAUGGCUUCCAUGGAGCCAAUCUUCACCUUGAUGGAGUUGCACAAGUCCAUCCCAAUGGUCUAUUGCAGCUCACCAACACUUCCAAGCAUCAAGCUGGCCAUGCUUUCUACCAAACUCCUAUAAAAUUCAAUACAUCUUCUUCAUCCGGGUAUGGUUCUCUUUCAUUUUCCACCAAUUUUAUCUUUGUCAUGGUUCCUGAAAUCACAAAUUUUAGUGGUCAUGGAAUUGCCUUUACCAUCUCUCCAUCUAUGGACUUCACCCAAGCUGUAGUGAGCCAGUAUUUGGGGCUUUUCAAUUCUUCCAACAACGGCCUCACUUCAAACCAUCUGUUGGCAAUUGAGUUUGAUACUAUUAAGAACCUUGAAUUCAGUGAUAUAAAUGACAACCAUGUUGGAAUUGAUGUUAACGGCUUAAAUUCUACUGUAUCGGCUCCUGUUACAUACUAUUCCAAUAGUAAAGGAAUAAACAAGAGCUUGGAUCUCAUAAGUGGAAAUCCAAUGCAAGUUUGGAUAGACUACGAUGAAGUGGCAAAUUUACUAAAUGUAGCAAUAGCUCCGAUUAAGAAUCAGAAACCAAAUCGGCCCCUCCUGUCGAUACACAUCAAUCUUUCUCUAAUUUUGUUGGAUUAUAUGUAUGUUGGUUUCUCUUCCGCUACUGGAUCAGUUGCAAGCAACAACUAUAUUCUCGGGUGGAGUUUCCACAAGAGUGGGCAAGCACAGAGCUUAGAGCUUGCAAAGCUUCCUUCAUUUCCCAAACAAAGAAACCGAAAAGAGAAAUCAAAUCUAGAAAUUACGGUCUCAUUGGUAACGGUGUCUAUUGUGCUGAUCAUCACGAUAUUAGGGAUCGUUUACUUUGUCAGGAGAAAAAAAUAUGAAGAAAUACAUGAAGUUUGGGAAAAAGAAUAUGGUCCUCAAAGAUUUUCCUAUAAGGAUCUCUACAGAGCUACCAAAGGUUUCAAAGACACGGAGCUUAUUGGAGCAGGAGGCUUUGGGAAGGUUUAUAGAGGAGUGCUUCCCUCUUCCAAGCAACUAGUUGCAGUCAAGAAAGUCUCCCAUGAUUCAAAGCAAGGGAUGAAGGAGUUUGUGGCUGAGAUUGCUAGCAUGGGAAGGCUAAGGCACAUGAACUUGGUACAACUGCUUGGCUACUGUCGGCGAAGGGGAGAGAUGCUCUUGGUUUAUGAUUAUAUGCCUAAUGGAAGCCUCGACAAGUUCCUAUUUAGCAACAAAAAGCGAUACCUCAAUUGGGCUCAGCGUUGUAGAAUCCUCAAAGGAGUAGCAUCUGCCCUUGUAUAUCUACAUGAAGAGUGGGAACAAGUUGUUCUUCAUAGAGAUGUGAAGGCUAGCAAUGUUCUAUUGGAUGAUCAACUAUAUGGGCGACUAGGAGAUUUUGGGCUUGCUAGAUUAUACGAUCAUGGAGCAAAACCACAAACUACCCAUGUGGUUGGCACUGUUGGUUAUCUUGCUCCGGAACUUACUAAAACUGGCAAGGCUACUACAAGCACCGAUGUCUUUGCUUUUGGUGCAUUUUUGCUUGAAGUGGCUUGUGGAAGGAGGCCCAUAGAUCUGCAAGGAUUGCCCGAAGAGAUGAUUUUGGUUGAUUGGGUAUUUGAAAAAUGGAAACAAGGAGUUAUUCUUGAGACAUGUGAUCCUAUAUUGGAAGGCGAUUAUCUAGCAAAUGAAAUGGAGUUGGUUUUGAAGCUAGGUUUACUUUGCUCUCACUCUAAUCCAGCAACAAGGCCUAGCAUGAAGCAAGUGAUGCAAUACCUAGAUGGAGAUACUUUCUUUCCAGAGACAAUUCUCGAGGGUGCCGGCAUUGACAUGCUUGUGAAGGAUAAUAAAACAUCUACUGAGUUUUUCAAGUCAGUCCCUUCAUCAUCUGGAAAUUAUUCUGUUUAUUCCGCAUCUAGCAGUGAUUCCAUCCUCUGUGGUGGUCGUUGAAUUGGAAAAGAUUCAUGCUUGGAUAUGCUAGGCGUAUUUUUUUUUUUGAAGCGUCAUCUAUAUAGCUAUAAUGGAAACCGCCUUUGUAAUUGAAGACAGGGCUGCGUAUACAUUACCCUUCUCAACUCUAUUUUAAUGGAGGUCACCUGUAUUGAGUCUCUUCUUUUUUUUUUUUUCAAUAAUCUUUAUAUUGGUAUUAAGAAUUAAUGAAAGAUUAAAGGGUUUUCGUAGCA